AUGUCUGAUGCUGGUGUCUUCAAUGAGUCAACCCUGGAACCUGCUCUUCGACAGAAAACCCUUGGCCUUCCACCCCCAGAGCGUCUACCCAAUGAUAACGAUAUUUCACCAUAUUUUAUUGUUGGAGAUGACGCCUUUCCUCUGCGUACAUACCUCAUGAAACCAUACUCCCACCAUUACCUUGAGCACGACGAAAGAGUCUUCAAUUAUCGUACAUCCCGUGGCAGGAGGGUGGUCGAAAACCCAUUUGGGAUACCUGCCAUGCGCUUCCGAUGUCUGUUGACGCAUUUGCAGACCACACCCGAGAACGCUAUUUUGAUUACGAAAGCAUGCGUCGUUCUACAUCAGAUAAUGUGA